GGCGGUACAGCGCGGGGCCGCUCGGCGCCCUGGGCGACGAGGACGAGGAGCGCGGCCUGCUCGGCUUCCCCAUGGUGCUCGUCCAAAUCCCCAUGUACAACGAGAGGGAGGUGUACAAGCUUUCGAUUGGAGCAGCGUGUGGGCUGUCGUGGCCGUCGGAUAGGGUCAUCGUACAGGUUCUGGACGAUUCCACUGAUCCAACGAUCAAGAGACUGGAUGAACUGGAUGACCGGGAGAGGAUACCUGUUGCAGCAGUUUAUAGACGAGAUAAAUACACUGAUCUGGUGGAGCUGGAAUGCAAAAUUUGGGCUAAGAAAGGCAAGAACGUGAAAUAUGAGGUCAGAAACAAUCGGGAAGGAUACAAGGCUGGUGCACUGAAAGAGGGGAUGCUGCAUGCUUAUGUCCAACAGUGUGAUUUCCUCGCUGUAUUUGAUGCCGAUUUCCAACCGGAACCCGACUUCCUCGUGAGAACCAUCCCAUAUCUCGCACGUAAUCCACAAAUUGCUCUUGUUCAAGCACGCUGGGAGUUUGUUAAUCCCAAUGAAUGCUUGAUGACAAGGAUACAAAAGAUGACACUAGAUUAUCACUUUAAAGUAGAGCAGGAGGCAGGUUCAUCUACCUUUGCCUUCUUUGGUUUUAAUGGAACUGCUGGGGUAUGGAGAAUUUCUGCCAUCAAAGAAGCUGGAGGCUGGGACGAUCGAACCACAGUUGAAGACAUGGAUUUGGCAGUCAGAGCAGGCUUGAAAGGAUGGAAAUUUGUCUAUGUUGGCGAUGUCAAGGUAAAAAGUGAACUACCAAGCAAUCUGAAGGCAUAUCGCCGCCAACAACACCGUUGGACAUGUGGGGCAGCAAAUUUAUUCCGAAAGAUGGGAGCAGAGAUAUUGCUUACUAAGGAGGUGUCACUUUGGUGGAAGCUUUAUUUGCUAUACAGCUUCUUCUUGGUGAGGAAGGUUGUUGCUCAUGUGGUACCUUUCGUGCUGUACUGUGUAGUGAUCCCAUUUUCGGUGCUAAUUCCUGAGAUCAAAAUUCCUGCUUGGGGGGUGGUUUAUAUUCCGACAGCAAUAACAGUCCUAUACGCCGUCCGAAAUCCAAGUUCUAUCCACUUCAUACCAUUCUGGAUCCUCUUUGAGAAUGUCAUGUCUUUUCACCGAACAAAGGCAACGUUCAUCGGUUUGCUAGAGUUGGGAAGCGUAAACGAGUGGGUGGUCACGGAGAAGCUUGGCAGUGCCAGCAAUACAAAGCCCGUGCCUCAGAUACUUGAGAGGCCUCGCUGCAGGUUUUGGGACAGAUGGACCGUGUCAGAACUUCUGUUUGCUGUGUUCCUUUUCGUUUGCGCAACCUACAACUUGGUGUAUGGAAGCGACUUCUAUUUCAUCUACAUAUAUCUACAGGCUAUAACAUUUAUCAUUGUCGGCACUGGUUUCUGCGGAACCUCUAACUCAUAGCAACCAUAACAACUGAUCCAACCACAGGAACUAUAUCUUGACUGUAGGCAUGAUGUAACAAUCGUGUUUUCCAGGGAAUAUUUCCUAUGUAAUAACCUCAUUUCUUUCGCCCUGAAUGGCAUCAGGCGAAGCGCAACUGCCUUUGAGAAACAAUACGUUGACGACACGAUUCUCUUCAUGGAGCAUGAUGUGGAGAAAGCCAGAAACAUGAAACUCAUUUUAUGCUUAUUUGAACAGCUAUCUGGUUUGAAGAUAAACUUUAAUAAAAGUGAAUUGUUCUGCUUUGAAAA